CCGUCAUUCGCCUCGCACAUCUCAAUCGCGCUUCGAGAUGCCGCCAAAAGGCUCUUCAUCGAGAGCUCGACAGCCAUCAGCGUCCUCAGCAUCGGCGGCACCCGCAUCAUCUGCAUCCGCAUCAUCGAAAGCGCGUGGCGGCCGCGUCGGGAGACCCAAGAAGGUCGUUGUUGAGAGCGAGAGUGGGAGUAGCGAUGCCGAGGAUGAGGACGGACACGACGAGGGUGAUGAUGGCGAGGAUGAUGCGCGUCGUCGUGAUGCCAGUCAGCAUGGUCUCGAGACCAACAAUCACACGGCGACAGUGAGGGCAUUCAGCCAGACGAAUCCUCUCAUUCUGGACGAGGACGAGGAGGACGAGAUGGCGUUGAGAUCGCCUGUCAAGCCCAUCCUCGCGCCACGCGUCCAAACAGCCGCGUCCAAGAAGGCUUUGGGCUCCUCAUCAACGAAAGCAAAGUCCUCUUCCUCCAAGCAACCCGCAUCAUCCUCGUCCUCGUCCGGCGCUGCUGCGAGACGCCCGGUGUUGGGCGCAGCAACCUCGAGCUCGCAGAAUGCCAGCAGUCAAGACCCUACGGGUGCGUCUGAGGCUAAGCCUGCUCGCAAAGGCACUCGCGCGCCCAAGACGAAAGCUGCUAAAGCCAAGUCAACCAAGGCGACCACCAAAAAGCCCGCCGCCUUCCUCGACUCGAGUGAGGACGAAGCUGUCGUAGCUGGUGUCUCCUCAUCAGCAGACGAGGCCGAUGCUGCUCCUCAGGCCCCACGGAGCGCAGCCGGUGUCAGUAUGCCCGAGGAACAGAUCCAGACAUUUCUCGAUGGCUACGAUCUCGACGCGGCCAAUCGGCUCAGUCGGGCCCGCACCCACCUAGCCGUAACUCUUGAAGGGGCGCGCUCUCAAAUGGCCACAAUCCUUUCGCGUCUACCAUCGAGUGCGCGAGGCAUGCCGCUGCAGGAGUUCAUCGAGGCGUAUUCUGCUGAGGUGAAAUGCAUCGUUAAGGGCGUCGUAGGGAGGACGCAACAACAGGAGAUGGGAGACCGAGAUGGAUGGGAGGAGUUGAAGCGCAAGAGGGCUAGAGAACAGGAGGAGGAGAAAGCAGCCAAGAAGGGAAAGACGGCUAAGAAGGCUGCGCAGUCACCUGUGAGGCCGGCCACAAAGGGACUUAGAGCAGCCGGCCCAUCGUCGCGAGCCAACUCCAACGCGACCGCAUCGAGCUCAAAGACGCCGGCUCCCGCUUCGGCGACCUUCUCCCCGACGCUGGAGAACGCGCCCACCAUGCCUCCCUUCCCCUCCUCCUCGACGUCAGCAGCAACACCAGCGCGCAGACAGCCGCCAAAGACGGGGCGUCCUUCUCGUCUGGCAAGAAUUGGCGAGUCAGUCCAGCUCUUCAGCGCGAGCGGCAGCCCCAUCAUGGGAGUUAUUGGCCCCAACGGGCAGUUCCAAUUCAUCCAAGUCGAUGCAGGGCAAGGAGCAGUGGCGGAAGAGGAUCCGUCCUCUCCGGUUGCACAGCAGCAGCAGCAAGUUCCCCGACGCUUGGCAUCCCAAGCUGGCCCCUCCUCAUCGGCAACGUGGCGUCCCCCAGCACCUUCACACCUACAACCUCCCUCUUCUCCAGCCGCAACCAACAGAUCAGGCUUCUCCCUCCUCUCCUCCUCUUCUCCUGGAGGUGCCCCAGGAUCACACGGCGGUGAAUCAAGCAUCGAGCUUCCCGACGCUGAAGCGGAGAUGGAGCGCAUCAUCGCAGCAGAGGAAGCGCGAAGACGCGCACAGCGUGCUGCUGCUGCCCCGCCUGGCAAUGUUACGACGCUCAAAGGCAGGCCAUUCGGAGGCAGGGCUCCAUCCACCUCGGCGCUGAGACAACCUUCGUCCUCUUCUCAGCCAGCCACCAGCUCACCCCUCCGAGGUGGGGCACACACGGCUUCCUCCUCGUCUAUGAGGUCGCGCUUCGGCUUGGGCGGAGGCGGCAGUGUCAGGUCUUCGAGCUCUUCGCCGAGCAAGACUGCCGGUGGAGGGAGGAGCAGUAGCACUGGAAGUGCGAGUGGGAGCAGUGGGCGUGGCAGGCCGGCGACAGCCGGUGCCGGUGUGGGAGGCGGGAAGGGAGGACGACUUGAGACUAUUGAGAGCAGUAAUGAUCUGGCCGGGAUCGCGGCUGGGCCGGAUGAGGUGGGCGUGAGCAGCGGCAGUCAGGGUAGCGGUAGCGCUUCGUCGAGGGGAGGUGGCGGGCAGCAGCAGCAGCAGCAGCGCAGCGGUGGUGUCGGUGGAGGUCUGUCCUCGAUGAUUUCCAGGUGGACAAUCAGGGGGAGCAGCCCGAGGAAGAAGUAGGAGCGCGCAACGAGCAACGCUGCACAGCACGAGGACCAGCACCAAGGACUCUUUCAUUCAUGACCGCCAUGACCAAUUGCAAUGCCUAUUUUGUGAUGCCAUUCCUGAUUCGCACGAUGCCUUAGCGCCUUGAUCGCUCUCUUUCCCUCUCUCUGUCCCUGCCCGCUUCCCUCUCUCGGUAUCGAUCAUCGUACCGCCCAUCAUCGUCACGUCGAUAUGAGCGUCGCGAGUUGUGGUCAUCGCGGUCUCGCCUUCGCCUGUCGUCGUCGUUGUGUCGAUGAUGUCUUCCACUCUCAUCCCUGUCGUCAUCGCGAUCGUCUCGCCGUGAGUGUCGUGGCGGGGGGCUUCUUGAGGAUCGUCUCGAUGAGGACGAAGAGCUGGACUGCAGCAGCCUCCGCUGAGGAGUCGACGAGCCUCCAUUACUCCGCACAUCGUCACUCUCCUCUCUAUCUCUCC